CUUGUAUCUUUUUUAAAUUAUCGACAUUUAAUCAUAUUUUUGCAUAAAUGUAAUCCAUUAAAUUUUCCAUAAAUAAAUGAUCCAAUUAUUUGCCGUCAUUGAAUGUGAAUAAUGUCCGAAAAACAAUUGUAUUAAUUAAUUUUUCAAAUCAAGUAACAUUAUUCAAUGCAAACACAACAAUCUGGAUACAAAGAAUACAAAAGACAUAAUAUGGUUAUUGAAAAAUCUUCCACUCUGAACACAUUUAUAAUUCACGAAUUGAUUUGAUUCAAUUUGAAAUGAGUUCAAAUGCUUAAAUAUUAAGAACAUUCAGAUAGGCUCAAUUGCAAAUAAAUUUAAUAUACACACAUACAAAUUAUACAGAGAGCGAAAGAUACAGAGAGAAAGUGAUUGGGAUGCAUUUUUGGAUCGAUAAACGAUCACAAGCAUGUGGCUUUGGACGAGCCAGAGCAGGAUUUGUGGCCGCCUCGUUGUCAGGCAGCGGAUACGAUUUUUAUCAUCCACCACGACGGAAUAAAUCAAUGCUAACACCAGUUCAUCGGUUUCCAAAUACAGAAUGUCGAAACGUGAAUCGACCAAAUGUUCAUCGACCCAACGUCCAUCGUUCAAAUAUCCAUCAUCAAGAGCAUCAUCAGCAUCAUACAUCUCGUGCACAUCAUGAAAUUCAAACACAUGCUGAGGUUAACACAUCAUACGGUGAACCAGCCGAUUUUCCUGUUUUACACCAAUAUCAAUCACAUUUGCCAAUCGAAUUGGGACAAGGAACGUUAAGAAUGAAUGCAAUUCAACCGUCGAAUGAAAUUUUGGCUGAUGAACGUGCAAAUGUUGUGGACGCUGUAAAUUCAACGGAUUCACAAGUUUUACCCAGUCAUUUAAAGUGUGGUAUGUGGGCAUCGCUUGCAUUGGCUACAGUUUUUCUGGCAGCGUUUCAAGGGAGCGGUUUAGAGAUUUUGAUCUUUUGUGCUUUUUCGGCGACAUUUUUUGUCGCUGCUUGUACAGUUUCAUUGUGUCGUCGACCACGUAACUUGAGUAUUUCACCUCCCCAGCUAAGUGCUGUCACAACAAAUGUGAACGAUAUUGAAAUAGCGCAUCUGGACCAGCAUGAACCACAUGUUCCGAAUGUAAUUGACCCAAUAGCUCCACCUCCGCCAUAUCACAUUGCCAUUUUGAAUGAUAACCCAAAGAUUGACGACUCUCCACCCUCUUACGAUAAACUUAUCAUAUAAAGAAAAAUCGCUUAAAAAUGUAUCUUAUGUUCAUCGAAAAGUUUUAUUUUCGUUCGUUUUUGUGCUAUCACACUUCCGCUACUCCCGAAUCUUUUUCAUCAAAUUCAAUACUUUAUCCAAAAAAAGUAAAUGAAAACGAGACACAAAAUACGGAUUAUUGAGAGAGAAAUUAGAUCUUUGUUGCUGACUUUCAUAAGGACAAAGAAAAAAACACACAUUAAUUAUAAUACAAUCUACUAGUAGAGGCACACAACACACAAAAAGAAAACAAAAUAAAACUAAAUCUUGCAUGACAAAACUAAAAAAAAUACCUUAUUUAUUUUUAAACGUGUGUUUUAUUGGAUGAUACGUUCGAAAUUAUU